GGAUCUAGACUCUCGAUCCAACUCAACGACUGCGCAUUGAGUUAGGUCAAAAUUCACGAAGUCUUUGCAUCUGAAAUCUGAAUAGAGGAGGGUUUCUGCGCUGUGAGGAGUUUGUUUUCUGCAUUUCAAUCUUCAGAAUUCCAGACAGGCGGUUGGUUAAUAAACAAAUGGACAGAGAACUUGUUGUGUCUCCUCUCAUCGACGCACUGCUAGGCAAACUAAAUUUGCUUUCCGAUGCUGCUGCUGGCGGCGGCAGCGGCAACGAUCUGGUCCCGAUGGGGUGCGACCUCACAAAACUCCGGAUCGCUAUCUAUCAAAUCGCCGAGGUGGUGGUUGUUGCAGAACAUAAACUUUUCUUCAAGGAAAUCGCCAACGGUGAAUGGCUGGAGGAAGUUGAGGAAGCAGCUUAUGAUGCGGCUGAUCUAUUGGAUCUGAUGAUAGCAAACAAUAAUUUUUGCAAAACCUUGUUAUGCGGAAGCUUAAUUCGAUCACCUGUGUCUAAUUUGUUGGCGAAGGAGGUAGUUAAUUGUAUCUCCUUUCCACGAAGACUUGACGAGCUUGUUCUGAGGUUUUUCGAAUUGUGGAAGGAAGGGAUGGACAUAGUUCCUUAUGAUUCCAGAGAGGCUGGCCUUCUCAUCAGAUCCCACAUCCGAACCCGCCCUAAACUUAACCUCCAAGCGGUUGAGGAGAUCAAGGCGUCGUUGCAAUCCGACUUAAUUUUCGGUAGGUAUGAGGACAAGAAUCGGAUGUUGGAUCUGUUGAUCGACAACAACUCCCAGUUGCGGCCUCGUGUUAUUCCCAUUGUCGGUCAGGACGGGGUUGGAAAAACCACUCUUGCCCAGAUGAUCUACAAUGAUGAGGUGGUAAAGGCACGUUUCAACUUAAGGGCUUGGGUGUCCGUAGACGCGGAAGGUAAUGUCCCAGACGAUUCUAUUGCAGAAAAGAUUGGGAAAGGGAUCGUCGAAUCUGCGAUGGGGAUGUCCUGUCAACUGGUUGCUGUAGGUGAGCUAGACGAACUCGUUAGAGAUGCCUUGGAAUCAAAAACAUGUCUAAUCGUGUUAGCGGGAGUCAAUUCGAUGAUGUCUCGGGAGGCAUGGAUGCGACUGCUUGAGAAAUGGUUUUCUACUGUUGCACCUGGAUCGAGUGUUAUAGUGACAACUUGCAACAGUGAAGUUGCAGAUUUUAUGUCCACGGUUCGGCCUUACCAAUUGAAUGCAUUGUCCGAAGAAGAUAGUUGGUCUUUGUUCAGACAGCUAGCUUUCGAGCCCUUUCAAGUUAUGGAGAGUCCAGAAAUCGUGUCCAUUGCCAGAAAAAUUGUAGUCCGCUGCCUUGGUAUCCCUCUCUUUUUGAAUCUUCUCGGAGGCCUGAUGAGAUUCCACAAGACAAAAGAAGAGUGGCUUUCUGUCCACGAUUGCUUCGAAAUGCUGUCAGCACGUCCCUGGAUGGCCUGCUGUAUCACACCAUUGCAUUCUGAUAUCCAUAAUUUUCUCUCUGUGUGCUAUCACUAUCUACCACCACACCUAAAGCAGUGCUUCGCGUACUGUUCCAUUUUCUCAAAGGAUCGUGUGCUGGACAAAGACAAAAUGAUCCAGAUGUGGAUUGCUGAAGGUCUUGUUCAUUCGACUGGAGGAAACGGAACGCUAGAGGAGAUUGGCAAUGUUUUUUUUCAGGAGCUGUUGUGCAGGUCAUUCUUCACAGAUGAGAAACGGGAUGAGUACGGUGAAACAACUGGGUACCGGAUGCAUCCCUUGUUGCAUGAUUUAGCGAGAUUUGUUGCGAAGUUUGACCAUGUAGUGAAGGCUGGGGUUGGAUGCAGUCAAUCCAGAAAAUUCUGUCAGGUAUCUUUGGCUUUUCAUUCUGAAUCAUCAACUAUUUCAAGAUCACUAGAUCUUCCGAAACACCCGCGGACACUGCUUUUAUUAUCAGGUGGCUUCCAGGGGACCGUUGAUCCUUCAGUCUUUAGACUGAAAAGUCUCCGGGUUCUAGAUUUGUCUUUCAGUGGUAUUCAGAAAUUGUCAAGUCAUAUUGCUAUUUCACAGCAUCUAAGAUACCUUGACCUCUCCCAGACAUCCAUUAAAAGAUUGCCCAAUACCUUAACCAACCUAAAACACUUGCAGACUUUGAGGCUAUCAAGGUGUUCUCAUCUGCAGGAGUUACCUGAAGGAAUGCACAAUAUGACUGAUCUCAGACAUUUGGAUGUUUCUUUGUGUCAUUCAUUAUCUCACAUGCCAUCGAGGCUUGGGCAACUAACUUCUCUUCAAUCACUGCCGUUAUUUGUUUUGGGCAAGAAUAAGGGAUCUGCUCACCUAGGAGAUUUGCAUAAGCUAAACCUCAGAGGUAAGUUAGAGAUAAAGAAUCUUGAAAAUGUGAGACAUAUCUCAGAGGCACGUGAUGCAAGGCUAUAUGAGAAAGAAAAUCUUUACCAUUUGGGAUUAUCAUGGAACCAUGAUGUGGAUGCAUCUUCUAAAAUAUCUAGUGACCUCCUUUUAGAAAGCUUAUGGCCGCACCCUAAACUUAAAGUCCUGGAUAUAACAGGCUACAACAGUAUCAGGUUUCCUUCAUGGAUGAUGGAUUCAACCAUCCACAAUCUGGUUAAAGUUCUCAUCACCCAUUGCAAAUGUGAGGAACUUCCACCAUUGGGCCAGCUACCCUACCUUAAGGAGCUUUGUAUAAGAUGGAUGACGAAUUUGCGAUCCAUAGGACCUGAGUUUUAUGGCGAUAAUUCUGUUACUCCAUUCCCUUCUCUGCAGCAGAUUGAGCUUUCUAAUAUGCCCGUAUUGGUUGAAUGGUUGAAUUUGGCCUCUUUAAAAGAAUCAACUAGUGCAACAAUAGGAUACACAUUCCCUUGCCUUAACACAAUGAUAGUCGAAGAUUGCCCUGAACUUAUAGGCUUCCCGUUUCUUUCUGCUCUGAAGAACUUAGUUAUCCGGAAUAGCAACAAGAAACUAUUAUGUUCCCUGGCCAACUUAAGAUCACUUUCCUCCCUUGUUAUCAAUGGUAUUCAGGUGGAGUUUCAUGGGGAUUUUGGGAAUUCAAACUCUAUCGAGAAACUGAUGAUAUGCCGUAGUGUUUUCCUUGAUUGCCCCUUUGAGGAGGGUAUGCAGGGAUUUACUUCUGUUAAACAUCUGGGAAUUCUUUACUGUAAUGAACUGACAUGUUUUCCAAUAGGCUUUAGGUAUCUCACUUCCCUUCAGAAGCUGGAUAUCAUAGAGUGCCAUGACUUGAAGUUUAUGCCAGAGGUUGGGGAAUCCCUCCCUUUACUUCAAGAGUUGAGUAUUGAAGGUUGUUCUUUGCUGGCUUCAUUGCCAAACGAUAUGUACAACCUCCCUGGCCUACAAAAGCUAAUCAUUAAAGGAUGCCUUGAACUGUCAUACCUCCCUGAAAGAUUGCAUGAAAUAUUUGCACUCCAAUAUUUGUUGAUUUCUGGAUGUCCUAUAUUGGAAAAAAGAUUGGAAAGAGCAACAGGCGAGGACUGGAUCAAGAUAGCUCAUGUUCCAUGUAUCAUAAUUUCAUAAUUAGCAUGCUUGAAAGACAGGCUGAGUGAAGAUCACAGAAGAGUUUGAGACCCAAUGAGGGAAAAGUUUAAAUGAAGUUGAACAUCUCUGGCUGCUGCAGAAUUGAAUCUCAAGGAACUCAAGGAAGCAGUGGUAAAAGCACUGGGGAAGGCAAAUGGAAGAGAUUAGGCCACUGGGUUUUUUUUUUUUUUUUUGAACGAAGAUUAGACCACUGGUUGUUAUUCUGAAAAGUCUCCAGGAUCAAUGGAGGAAUUAACAAAACAUUUGAGAGUAGUGUUAAGGGUUGCACACCAUAUGCAAUAUGUUUGUAGCCAUUGGAUUUAUUUUAAUCCAAAGAAAAGGCUACCUGUUGAACCGGUUACCUCCCAGACGCUUCUCCUCCAACGUGUUUCAUUGUCUGUGCUGUGGGAUGACGCAAUUGUUUGUCUCUCUCUCUCCGAUACCCAGCCUGCCCGGGCCCUCCCCUGCCGGCAUUGCUCUUCUCCCAGCGGUACUUUCCCUCAUCGGCUCUGUUUUCACUCUGGUUCGGCUGAAAGAUCCAAUAAAAUCUGAAGCUUAUUGGAAGCUUGCUAGAAGUUAUUAUCCUGAUGUGAACAAGAAAAAGUCGACAGAGAAAAUCAAUUUUCACAAAUAGAAAUUCAAUCAGGCAAUGUGGUUAGCGUCCUAUAUCUUGACAGUUUCAAGAACUUCUUUGCAGGUUGCAAUGCGAAGAAACAAGUGCAAAUAAACUGAAAGUCGAUUGAGAAACAAGUAAACUUGUCACUUAAUUACAAGAAUUAAAUUACAAGUUCAAAAGGCACAACAAUCGACAGAGCCAAACUUGAUUACAAAGACCGAAUUACAAACAGACUACUCCUAAGUACAAGAACUACUCCUAAUUCAGUCAUGCUACUCCUAAUUUCACAUGAGUUGUAAAUUUGGUUGAAACCCCCUUCUCCUUUGAAUUCCAAGCUUUUAUAUGGCUUCCAAUGGCUAUGCUGUGCUGCCACGUGCCCAUUUGCUAGGCUUCUAUAACUGCCCAUGAACUGCAAUCACUCUACCUUUGCAUUUUCUCUCCUCCUGCAAUUGCCAUGUAUUGCAUCCUCAUUCCUCUUUUUUAGGCCACUAAUUUCACUUUCUUCAUUCUUGGUCCUCUUCUGCACGUGUUUAUUCCUCUGUCGAUAGAGAAUUCUAAGUUUUGGUGCCAACAAUGCCCCCCUCAUUCAAGGUGAAACUGGUUUUGUCUUGAAUGAAUACUCUUCCUACCUUUGAAGCUUUACUCAUGGAAGCUUCCAACCAAUUCUUUCAACUUCUACAGCUCUCAUUCGAUGAGUUAGCCCUCACAAGAUCCACAGACCUUCUCAACCGUGUCCAAGCCACUCAAGCUCUAAUGCCAAAAUUGUUUGACUCAGAUCAAAUACAAGUUUUUAUGGACUUCCUGACCGCCCUUCCUCCACAUAUUUCAGCCUUCAAUAAGCAUCAUGCUGAGUUUGAGGCCAGCAAAGCUCAAAUUGACCAGCUGAAGUCAGUGGCUGCUUCUUUGGCUGGUGCUUCUCAAGCCUUUCAAGACACAGUCACUCAAGAUAACCUAUUAUCAUCAGAAGAAGCUCAUUUGGAGGCUCAAUUGGCACAAGUUGGAAUCAAAAGAACCCUCAAGCAAGAGCAAUCCACAAUCAAAGCCAACAUGCAAAACUUGUUGUUAACUCAGGCAGAAAAUGGUCCUGCCAACAUCAAAUCUGCCCAGGCCAACCUCCAACAAAGCAGCAAAACAGAGAAGUGUGCUACAAGCCUGGAGCAACUUUAUUUUGUACUUUCAAAAAGACUGAAUCCCUUGUACACUUGUUUUUGCUUUGUGACUCUGGCUUGUACAUGCUUAUUUUUAUAUGAAUGGAUGCAUGUGUGUGAUUAUCUUCA